CUUGCUACAGAGCGGACGUAACGCUGUAGCACUCGCGUAGACCUUGACACAAAUAAGCACUGUUCCACGCGAAUUUGUUUCGUUUGUGAAAAACACCAAAUACACGAAUAUUUCCGUGUCUGUGUUUGUGACUGUAUGCAGAUAAGAGUUGAAACCGGAAAUGUGCUGACAGGGGUAAACAAAAUGGCCGACGCAUUGAUAGUAUUGGCGCUUUGCUUUUCAACUGCAACCGCAGCGAAAUGUACAACUGGCUUCUCAGUGGUAGCCCCAGAGGUAGCUGUACCAGGCAAGACAACAGCAGUGCUUGUCACACUACACGGCAGAGAGGGCGCCGAGUUAGAUCCCCUAAAUGUCACCGUCAAGUUGGAAACUCAAGACACUCAUAAUGAAGUUAAAUUACUGAUGACAGCCAGUCAAAUGAUAACAGGUUACGGCAUCAUUCCACUCAAGAUUCCUUUAUCGCCAGCAUCACACUGCACUCUUCACACGACAGUAGGCUGUGCCGGCAUCGAAGACUGUACUGCCAAAAGCCAUAGUGUGAUCAAGCUGCUGGGACCUGUGCGUGAUGUAAUCGUCAGACCUGCUCGACACCAUUAUAGACCUGGGGAGACCAUUACGUUCUGGAUAUUGGCGUUGGACCACGACCUGCGUUUGGUGCGAAAUGAACUUGCGUACGUUGCAUUGAAGAACCCGGCCGGCACCAAAGUGGCAAUAUGGGAGCAGUUGUCUUUGGAUGAGGGUGUUCGGAAACUGACAGCCAUCAUUGCGGCCGGUGCCCAAGCAGGUACUUGGACAAUUGAAGCAAUCUGCGGUGGUGGUUCGGCGCAUGUGGAACUAUCCGUUGGGUCUGGACCAGGUGCCUCGACACCAGCGACACCUGCAGCAGAACAACACUCUGUAGAACUUAAGUUUGCUGACAGUAUGCGCAGGAGAUACAAACCUGGAUUACCAUUUGUUGGAAGGGUAGAAGCAGUGAGCACAGAGAAACGAGUUCGAGUCAGAGUGAAGUUAUACGAUGACGAAACUGAUAUAUACAGCCAGGAUAUCGACAUGUCAACGGGCGAGGGUGGAUUUAUUGUGCCCACUGUCAUGGCCGAUGCACCGUUUGUUAAUUUACAGGCCGAGUUAGUAGCGGUGGAAGGAAAGGAAAUAGAAUCUCACUACGUUCUAGCGCGAGAACGGAUUCGUCGUUGGAAUUCAACGUCUAAGUGUUAUCUGCUUGUGGAAAACUUACCAACUCCAUUACAAGCUGGAGGAGCAGCAAGCGCCAGCGUCUGGUCGUCUUGUGGUUGUCGGCAACGCCUGCUUGCGGCGGUUACAAGCGGAGGUCGCGCUGUACACUGGGCGGCAGUACCAGCACCUACACGGAACCAUAGCGAUCUUUGCCGAUUUAACUAUACGUUCCCUGUGACAGCUGACAUGGCGCCAGUUAGCUCUCUACUCGUCUACUACGUCACAGAAAACGGCGAACCAGUCAGUGAUGUGGUGAGCUUUCAUGUGAAGCUUCUUCAUAAAGAGGUGGCAGUGGCAAUUGAGGAAAGACGAUGGUGGUAUCCACGGGCAAGUCUCCAGCUAAGAGUCUUGGCACCCCCCGACUCCAUGAUGUGCUUGAUUGGAGCUCGCACGCCAACUGAUUCCCGAUUCGAUGGACAUUCUUCUUCAUCAGAACACGAAGAUCUACCAGGACCGGAGUUCGUAUCAGCUGGCGUGUCACUUUUCGUGGGUGGUGGCGCCUGCGGUGGUGGCGUCUUAUACCGACAGAGAACACCCCAAGUUCGGUCUCCAGCACAUCUAGUACCACCAGCCACGCAUGAUAGACUCUGGAUGUGGAAGUGCUUUAAUUACACAACUCAGCUAUCGACUGAUGGCGUAACAAUCGCGGCUCCAUCGGAAGCCGGUCGCUGGUCACUCUGGGCACUUUCUCUUUCGAGCCGAGGUCUUCGAUUUUCUGCUCCGAAGACCAUCAACGUCUUCAGGCCUAUACAACUAGACUUCGCCCUCCCACCGGCCCUAAAAGUCGGAGAAACUGUCGAAGUGGAUGUGAAGAUAACGAACAAUAUUAACAAUUGUAUGGAUGUUACCGCGCUUUUAGCACUAAGUGCUGGAGCUGCGUUUGCCAGUACUGGGGCUCUUUACGUUACCGAAAGACUUCGGUUGGGACCACGCGGCGGCACCCAACUUGUCGUAAGAGUCGCUGUUAAUACACCUGGAAGAAAGAAUAUUACAGUUGAAGUAACCGGAUAUAGUGCUGACAACUGUUCAGUCUCCUAUACCUCCUUCAACAAUGAAACACUUGUGGGUUCUGUCAUACGAUCAGCUAGUGUUCUGGUCUUGCCAGAAGGUCUGCAUAGAAGCGAUACGCAGAGUGCAUACUUCUGUGCUAAUGAACAUCUGGCGGUAUCAUCUCGCGGUUCAUGGGAGUGGCAAUGGGUGGCUGCACCGCGGAAUCGGGCGGGCUUAGUCCUCGAACUCAGAGCUCAAGGCUCCGCUCAUGUGGCAUUGUCUACUAUACAGGAAGCAUCUGACGAUAUGUAUCGAGUCGUAUUUGAGAGGAGUCGAGUCUGGAUAGCUAAAGGAAAACAUGGUUACGAUGUCCAUCUAGCAAGAGCUGAAGAGACAGAAACAGACGACGAAUGUUCUGGAACAUCUUGGUGCGCGUUCUGGGUUUGGUGGGAAGGGGGCAGACUCUCUGUUGGGAAAGGAGCGUCGCCAAAUGAAAGGCCAUUACUCGUGUGGCCUUUGCCUAAUGAUAUGCGGAUUAAAUAUGUCGGGUUCAGCGCUUUGUGGGGUGAUAAGGCUGAUUUCAGAAUAUGGAACUUCAAUGAAGAAGCCGGCUUCUCCCAAGUAUUGGAGCUAGGUCUCCCUCACGGCGUAGUCCCAGGUUCAGCAUCUGGCACUCUUCUUGUUUCUGGAGGUCUACAUCUUCCUCUAUACAGCCAAACAGACUCUUCAGACCAAUGGGCAGUGGUGUGGAAGGAUUCUCAAUUGUCAGCUGCUUCAGCAAGUUUAGCGCCAUUAUUGGCUUUAGAGCAUAUUCCACAUUUGGUAGAAGAUGCGGAGAAAGAGAGGAUUUUGCAAAAAUUACCUGAACAGGUCCAAAUCUUGCUAUCAUUCCGCAAAAGCGACAAUUCCUUCAGCGACCAUCCAUCAGUUAGCAGUCACGUAUCCACAGUGAAAAUCCUAGAAAUUCUCAACAAAAUACAAUCCUACUACCCGAUAGAUCCUAAUUUGCUACUUUCUAUCAAAACUUGGGUACAAAAGCGCCAAAGGCCAGAUGGCUCCUUCACUCCUUUAGCAGCUGACAAAGAAGUAGAUUAUUAUCCUGUUGAAUUCAAAUUCAACGAAACAGAUGUGAACGAAUAUUAUUACGAUAAAGAUGGAAAUAUGACAGAAGAAGAAAUUAAUGCUGAGAGAACAGUUGAAGUGACCGCUGAGACUUUGGUGGCGUUGCUUGAGAUUGGUGUUGAAAAUCAGUUGGAUGCAGAUGUAGCACAAAAAGCUCAGCGAUACUUGGAGAAGAAUCUGCACAAACUGACGUCACCAGCCGCGCUUGCCGCAACAGUACUAGCUUUAGUUCUGGCCAGGAGCCCGAUAGUACCAGAAGCUCUAAUAAUUCUAAGAAACGCCUCGACGACCGCGGAGGGUGAGUUCGGAUGGCCACCGCCACGGAAGGACGCCGCUGAUUGGCUCCUCGAAGAAACCUCCAGAAACAUCAAGACUACUUCAUAUGAAGCUGUAUCAAUGGAGCAAUAUGUAGCUGGUGUGAGAGUGUUGUUAACUGCGUGCGCACGCGGCGCACUAGCUGAAGGAGAAGCGGCUGCCCGGUUCCUCUACUACAGAGCUUCUACCCUCCAACGACAUCCCAGCCUCGCCUACAUCGCCACUAAGGCCGCUGCGCAAUAUGCUGCGCUUGCGCAUGACAGACAUCGGGCUCUAACCGUUUCGUUGGCUACGGCGGGAAUGGAACUGACUGACACCUUGGAACUGCGAGCUAAGACUCCACCAAGACCUCUUCAACUUCCAGGUCUUCCCACCAAAGUGUUUGUUUACGCCACUGGAGCUGGAUGUGCUACUGUACAGGGCACAAUUUCAUAUUCGACUUACGCACCGAAACCAGAAAAUGCUUUGCUCAAUAUUCAAACGGCGAUCAUUGAAGAGAUUCGCCCAGAGAGGAGCAGCAUCGAAGAUCUACAAGGAAAUCUGCCAACUUUGAUUAUUAAGACUUGUUUCAAGUGGAAGGCCAAAGAGCCGUCUGGAAUAUUACGCGUAGAAGUAUCCCUUUUCUCGGGAUUCACACUAACAUCUGUGAACCCGGUAGUACUGGCCGGAGCUACCUUCGCAGAACUUCACUACGGCUCACGCGGAGAAGCAGUUUGGUUUGUCUUCAAUAAUAUCAGCUCAACAUGCCCCAUCUGUGUGACAUACGAGGCGCGAUCAAAAUUCAUCAUAACAAGCCUUCGACCUGCAUUUGCGAAGAUUUAUCCCUCAUCUAGGCCAGACCUCGCUGUGGAAACUUUCUUCCACGCAAACCCCGGAAGUCCACUCCUUAGAGGCAUCACUGAUGAUGAUUUUAUAACUUGGUUUGACAAAAAUGGUAAAACAAGUACUAAUAUUGAUAAUAUUUGCGAAUGUGGACGAAUUUGUAGUAGGGACUAUGAGUUUAGGAAACCUAAAAGCGACAAUAUUACGGAUGCUACAACUGAAGUAAAUGUUCAGACACCUGAAACAUUUACUACGGAAAGUGCAACAACGGAAAGCGUUACAACAAAACGUGUAACUACGGAAGGUGUAACUACGGAAAGUGCAGCAACGGACAGUAUAACAACGGAAAGUGUAACAACGGAAAUCGAAAAUGUUAAUUUUACCGCUAAUAAUGAUGUAACUACGACUCAAACUACAAAUAAUGAUACUUCACACAAUAUUUUUACUAAUUUAACUUUAGAAAAUCCUGAAACUACCACUGGUUUAGUUAAUGUAAAUACUGAUGCUAAUGUAACAGGAAAACAAGAAUCUACUACUUUGAAAAAUGAUCACCAUAUUAAAAUCUCAAUAUUAAAGAAUUCUACUGAAAAACAAAUAAACAAUAAUCUCGAACCGCAUUUACUUAGUAAAGACCUCGUGAACAAGAUUUCCAAAUCAAAACUCUACCCGAAAAAAUUGGAUAUAAAAAAGAAACCUUUACCAAGAAGGAAAGGUACUCUAAAAGCCACUUACGGAGAUAAACAAGACAAAUACUUUUCCAAAGUGAAAACAACCGAUAAUCCUAUCACAACCACUUUUUUAACAAAUAUUACACAAAUUAAUAACACUCAAAAUAUUCACAUUGAAACAACCGCUGAAAAAAAUAACGUAACAGCCCCUCCUACAGUCAGUUCACCAACGUCACGCCUAGAAACAUCUACAAUAGCUCACACUAUAACAGCAAUCACAAAAAGCAAUAUAAAAACAAUACAUUACAAAACAAAAAAACCAAAAGCCCGUACACAAAUACAAAAGCCAAACGUGACAAACAACCAAACGCUCAAAACAAAAACGGACGAAAACAAAACAAAAGUAGAUAAAAUUAAACCAUUAAAGUCAAUUAACAAAGAGAUACACAAAAUACCGUCAACGCCGAUUUCUGAGACUUCAAAAGUUUUGAGUAGUCUUAAAUCAGAAGUUGUCCCAGAAAAUAAAGAUGGCUUCGAAAUACUUGACAAAAAUCAUCUUUGGGAGUUGCUCAAGGAAGACCCAGAUGAUAUGAAAAUCGAUAAAAAUAUCGUGAAGGUGUCAAAUUUAAACGAAAAUCGGUCAUUAUAAACAUAAGAAUUUAAGAAUUCUUAUUUUUGUAAUCUAAUUUGACUCUUGUUUGAGGAUAAAUUAAAAUACAGGACAAGUUUUGUAU